AUGGUUCUCUCUCCUCUCUCCCGAUACUCAUCGGCGCCGAUGCAAGCGGCUGACCCAGACAAAGAGGCGUCAUGGGUCUGGAAUGAUAUCAAAGCCGAAUCGGAGCCGGCGUUGGCUAGCUACUUAUACUCAACAAUACUCUCUCACUCGACUCUUGAUCGUUCACUGGCGUUUCAUCUUGGAAACAAGCUUUGUUCUUCCACUUUGCUGUCGACUCUGCUUUAUGAUUUGUUUCUUAAUAUGUUUUCUGUUGACCCUGAUCUCCGGUCAGCCGCUGUUGCAGACCUAUGCGUCGCCAGGUCGCGUGACCCUGCUUGUGUUUUGUUUUCGCAUUGUUGA